UAUGAGAUUUCCCGGGGAUGGGGGCCAAGCCCCAAACUCUGGCCUAAACACCGUGAUUUGUUUCCCAUUAUGUCACAAGGGCAAGCUUAAGCGGGCGUGGCUACACUACAGCUAGAGGGCAUGUUCGUGCCUCGCACCAGUGACGAGGCCAGCACUCCAGCUGCGCAUGCGCUGGUGGUUCGGAGGGAGCAGUCGCAUGUACCCGCGGUGUGGGAGGGCACGCCCACGGAGCUUGCCGACGCCCGCCAGGAGCUCCACGCGUUGCAACUGCGAAUUGCCGUCGCAUGCGCCGAUGAGGCACGCCUGACCGCAGCGUGCGCAGAGCUGAGGCGCCAGCAGGCGACAGCGGAGCAUGACGUGAUGACGCGCCGCCAGCAGGUGGCAGAGUUGGAGCAGCAACUGGGCGCUCUGCAGCUCCGCGCGGCCAACGGCGUCAAAGAGGCGGAGGUGGCGGCAGAGCUUGCUGAGCUGCGGGACCAGGCGAGGGCCGCGCAGCAGGCCACCCACACGUCGGAGGCAGCCGCUGCGGAGGCCCAGCACCAGGCGAGCCUGGCGGGCAUGCGGCUGGCCCAUGCCGAGCAGCAGCUGAAGCUGCAGCAGCAGCAGGCCGAGGCGCAGCUGGAUGCGCUGGCGCCUCGUUUGGCGGAAGCCCAGUCGGCUGUGGAGCGGCAGCGGCAGCGGAGCCAGGAACUGGCGAAACAGCUGGACGAGGCCAAUGCGCAGCUGCGUCAGCAGGCUACUGACCACACCGCAGCGCUGCAUGCACGGUUGCAGGAGCAGGCUGAGGCUCUUGCAGUGCAGGCGCAACAGCACGCCGCAGCCGUGGCCAAGCUGGAGUUAGAGGUUGAGAGCGCCCACGCGUGAGAGCGCACAGCCGCGGAGGCGCUGGUCAGUGAGCGG